AUGGAUACAAGUACAAGUAAAAGUGAAAAAGAGUUGAUAGAUUUAAAAAAGGAGUUGGAAGAGUUGGAAAAGAGUCAAAAUGGAGUUAAAGAAAAAGGAUUAAAGUUUAAGGAACAGAUUGCUGUUGGUUUUAAAAGCUUGGAUGAGAUAUGUAACACACUAGACAAACAAGAAAAAGAAUCAUCAAAGUUAUUGCAACGUAUCACCUUGUUACAGUCCGGUGGUGGUGACAAGUCAAAUGAUGCAGUAGUCGAGAUGAAACAAAAGAUACAAUCUAUUAAAACAUCGAUCAAGCAAUCGAAAAAGACAUUUACUCCAGAGACUGGUGGUGUAUUUGUACGUCUUUUCCUUGGUCAAGUCAAUGUAAAGCACUACAGAGAAGGUGAAAGAUUCCGUCUAAAGACUGAAUAUGAAAAGUUUAAAUUCAAGACCAAUCCCCAAUUUAUACUCUUUGUUGCUUUGCUCUUUAUGUUUCCUUCCAACUCUUUUAUUACAACCUCGUGGCAAAUAUGGUUACUCUAUUACUAUGUCACUUUGGCUUUGAGAGAGAAUAUCCUUCUUGUCAAUGGUAGUUCAAUUCGUCCAUGGUGGAUCAUGCAUCACUAUCUCUCUAUUGCUGGUGCACUCACCAAUCUACUCUGGCCACUCUCUACAUCGUUUACUGAUCUACUUCCAAUGAUGACCAUGUUCUCUGGUGCUCAAGGUAUUGUUCAAAUUCUAACAAAUCGUUAUCAACAAGGUCAAUUGUAUAGAAUGGUUGCCAUUGGUAAAGCAAAUAUUAUGGAUGUUACAAGUGAAAAUAUGAUUAGUGAUCCAGGUUGGACACCAAGUGCAUUAUUUUUAUUACCAUUUUUAUUAUUUGUACAUUGUUUCCAAAUGUAUAAUGGUUUUGUAUUUUUAACUUAUUCUUAUUUCAAGUAUCAUACCUAUUAUAUUGAAUGGCAAGUUAUUGCAUGUGGACUUAUACUCGUUAGUUUGGGUAUUGGUAAUUUAGUAACUACUUCAAACAUUUAUUUGAAUAAAUGGAAAUCUUAUAGUUCAUCUGACAAUAAUAAUAAUAAUAAUAAUAAUAUUACUAAUAAUAAUAAUAAUAAUAGAGUAUCAUCUUCUUCAGUAGCAAAGAAGGAGCAAUAA